GUUUGCGAUUGGCCUCAAAACGUCGACUGUGAUGGCAAAGGAAUUGAAAGCGAAGAAUCCGAUGAAACAAGCGACACUGACGAAGACGACGACUACACAGGACCAUGGCUUGAUAACGGAUGCCCGUCUGAUUUCGAUGUCCAUCAUCUUUUGCCGCAUGAAACUUACUGCAACAAGUUCUACUACUGCGUUUUCGGAAACAAGGUGGAAAGGACCUGUGCACCUGGUACUUAUUUCAACCCCAACGCCAAUCCUGGACCCGUCUGCGACUGGCCCGAAAACGUAGACUGCAAUAAUGGAGACGGCGGCGGUGAUGAUAGUGGUGUUGAUGGCGGUGAUAGUGGUGAUGAUGGCGGUGAUGAUGGUGGUGACGAUGGCGGUGACGAUGGCGGUGAUGAUGGUGGUGACGAUGGCGGUGAUGAUGGCGGUGAUGAUGGUGGUGACGAUGGCGGUGACGAUGGCGGUGAUGACGGCGGUGACGAUGGCGGUGACGAUGGCGGUGAUGAUGGUGGUUGGUUGGAGAACGGUUGCCCCGCUGAUUUCGAAGUUCAUUGGUUGCUGCCUCAUGAGAGUGAAUGUAACAAGUUCUACUAUUGUGUCUUCGGAGAAAAGGUUGAGAGAGAGUGUGCUCCUGGAACUUAUUUCAACCCCAAUGCUAAUCCUGGACCCGUUUGCGACUGGCCUGAAAACGUAGAUUGCAAUAAUGGGGGUGAUGGCGGUGAUGACGGUGGCGAUGAUGGCGGUGAUGGUGGCGGUGAUGACGGCGGUGACGAUGGCGGCGAUGAUGGCGGUGAUGAUGGUGGCGAUGAUGGCGGCGAUGAUGGCGGCGAUGAUGGCGGCGAUGAUGGCGGUGACGAUGGCGGUGAUGAUGGUGGUUGGUUGGAGAACGGGUGCCCCGCUGAUUUCGAAGUUCAUUGGUUGCUGCCUCAUGAAAGUGAAUGUAACAAGUUCUACUAUUGUGUCUUCGGAGAAAAGGUUGAGAGAGAGUGUGCUCCUGGAACUUAUUUCAACCCCAAUGCUAAUCCUGGACCCGUUUGCGACUGGCCCGAAAACGUAGACUGCAAUAAUGGAGGCGAUGGUGGUGAUGACGGUGGCGAUGAUGGCGGUGAUGGUGGCGGUGAUGACGGCGGUGACGAUGGCGGUGACGAUGGUGGCGAUGAUGGUGGUGAUGACGGCGGUGACGACGGCAGUGAUGAUGGCGGUGAUGACGGUGGUGAUGAUGGUGGUUGGUUGGAGAACGGUUGCCCCGCUGAUUUCGAAGUUCAUUGGUUGCUUCCUCAUGAGAGUGAAUGUAACAAGUUCUACUAUUGUGUUUUCGGAGAAAAGGUUGAGAGAGAGUGUGCUCCUGGAACUUAUUUCAACCCCAAUGCUAAUCCUGGACCCGUUUGCGACUGGCCUGAAAACGUAGAUUGCAAUAAUGGAGGUGGCGGCGAUGAUGGCGCCGAUGAAAGCAGCGAAGAAAGCGGCGAUGGAUCCGGCGAACAAAGCGACGAUGGAAGCGGCGAUGAAAGCGGCGAUGGAAGCGGCGAUGAUGGCGGCGAUGAUGGCGGCGAUGGUGGUUGGUUGGAGAACGGUUGCCCCGCUGAUUUCAAUGUUCAUUGGCUGCUGCCUCACGAAAGUGAUUGCAACAAGUUCUACUACUGUGUCUUCGGAGAAAAAGUUGAGAGAGAGUGCCCUCCUGGUACUUAUUUCAACCCCAAUGCUAAUCCUGGACCCGUCUGCGACUGGCCUGAAAACGUGGACUGCAAUAAUGGUAACAGCGGUGAAGGCGGCGACAGUGGAGAAGGCGGCGACAGUGGAGAAAGUAGCGAAAGCGGAGAAAGUAGCGACAGCGGUGAAGGCGGCGACAGUGGAGAAGGUGGCGACAGCGGGGAAGGUGGCGAUGAUCGCAACCCCUGCGCUGAUGAAUGUAACCGUCUACCAUGGGCUCACGAAUCCGAUUGCGAUAAGCUCUGGAGAUGCGAAGGCGGAGAAGCUGUUCUAGUCACUUGCUCGGAAGGUCUUCAUUUCAAUGCUAACACAGGCUUGUGUGAUUUCAUUUGUAACGCUAAUUGUGCACGAGAACAUGUGCAAGCCACGGCGCAUGUGGAAGGUUUGAAGAUCUUCCUGCCUUGGGACAAGGUUGAUGACGAACUGAGAAAUACUUACAAAAUUAAACCGGCUGUUUAAACGAAACCACUCGACGGACAAUCAAUAAAUUACUGACUAAAUGCUGUUAAAAAAAUUUGUAUA